AUGAACGAUGAUAAGUAUUUCUUACCGACGAUUCGUGACGAAAUCGAUCGAUUACACUCCUUACAUUUUCUAUUGCAUCACAUUUGGAAAUCGAAUUUUUCUUCAGCCAUGGAGGAAAAACUGCAAUGGGGAGGAGCUAAAGUGCUUGAUGUUGGUUGUGGGCCAGGAACUUGGGUUUUAGAAAUGGCUUCCAAUUAUCCGUUGGCCUCGUUCACCGGUGUGGACAUUAGCGCGAUAUUUCCGGCCGAAAUUAAGCCACAGAACACGAAUUUCAUUCAUGCAGAUAUUCUCGAUGGGUUUUCUUACCCGGAUAAUUAUUUCGACUUUAUCUAUUUACGACAUUUGGCCGUUGCUCUGACAGACGAGCAAUGGAAGAACACCGUUAUGGAAGAAUUGGUGCGUAUCUUAAAACCCGGUGGGAUAAUAGAGAUUAUGGAGAGUGAUGUGUAUUGGUCAAAUGAAGGACCGAUUUCACAGAAAUUUAAGAGUACAUACAUCGAAGACCUUCGUUCGCGUGGAAUAAAUUUAUUCGUGAUUGAUAAGAUCCCCGAAUUUCUGCAACAUAACAGACAUCUCGUUGACUUUCAUCAAGACACGCGUCAAUGUAGUAUUGGAAAAUGGGCUGGGAGAGUUGGCGAAUUGACUGCAGAUAAUACAGUGCAAUUGUUUCGUAUCUUGAAAUAUCGUUAUGCACCCAUGUUAGGUUGUUCUAAUGACGAAUACGAAAAAUUGUUAACUGAACUCUUGAAUGAAAUUGACAAAUUACAACCAUACGCCAAUUCUUACAGGUUUUGGGCUACAAAGACCAUCAUAUAA